UCAUACACCAACAAUCCAUCCACCCCCCUUCCUCUUACAAGCUAAGAAGCAGAGAUCCAACAAUCAACAGAGAAGAACAAGAAGAAGAAGAAGAAGAAGAAGAAGAAGAAGAAGAAGAAGAAGAAGAAGAAGAAGAAGAAGAAGAAGAAGAAGAAGAAGAAGAAGAUGUUCGCCGACAUGGGCUUUAGCUUCUCCGCCUACUCUUCUUCGCCAUCGGACUACUCCUACUCAUACUCCCCUGUCUUCUCCCACCCCCACUCAGACUACUCCUCCUUCUUCUCUCCCUCUUCCUCCGCUGCUCUGGCACAACCAUCAUCGCUAUCUCUGCCUCUCCUGCAUCAACAACAUCAAGCCACUGUUGUUGCUGCGCCCAACGACGUCGCCGCCGCCGCCAUGUACCACCACCUCGGAGACAUGGGGCAGCCAUCCCUGAUAUCAGAGUAUGACCUUGGAGCAGAAGGCGACCUGUUCAAGGCUCCGGAGCCCAUAAUCGAGGAACCGCUGCUCGCCCUCGACCCGGUCGCAGAGGCCAUCUCGAUGAUGUCCGGCAGCGGCAACACCAUCAAGGCGUCGGACAUGAGCCUGAGUGAGGCGCUGUACGAGUGCGAGAAGGAGCUCAUGGAGGAGUCGGCCAUCGAGGAGACCAUAUCCGAGCUGCUGGACGCCAAGAUCCCCAUGCUGCAGGUCGAGGACAUGCCCGGAGAGCUCAUGUCGACAACGACUGCUGCCGCCGGCGAGUGCUUGGUCCAGAAGAGCGUCAGCUCCGGGUGCCUCAACUCGGCGGACUGGAUCAACGGUUUGGCGAUGCAGCCCAACUUCUUCAACUUCCAAGGGCUCGACUUGGAGGCCGCGUUCGGGCUCCGGCGAGCCUACAGCGAGGGUGACGUUCAGAUCCUUGGUGCCAACACCCCUCCAGCUGGGAUCGCGGCAAAUGUGCACGCAGCUGGUGAGAGGCUUCUGACCAUCAGUGACCUGAAACGUGAGGAAAGGAAACAGAAGCUCAACAGGUACAGGGAGAAGAAGAUCCAGAGGAACUUCGGCAGAAAGAUCAAGUAUGCUUGCAGGAAGGUUCUAGCAGACAGCCAACCGAGGGUGCGAGGGAGGUUCGUCAAGAUGGAUGUCGGCGACAUGCUCAAGCCAAGGAAGUAGACCGCCAUGGAAGGUCGCUGCGAAGCUGAUGAGGAAGUUAAGCAAGGUUAUUCCAGGAAGCUGAUGAGCGUGUUGAGGUGCAGUGUGUAGGCGUCAAGCAUGUCAAGUUUGGGGUUCCUUCUUCACCAACAACGGUAGUGAACCAUUCAUUUGCUGUUAUACUUGAGAGCACUGCAGGUACUAAGAGGCGUCUCUCUCAUGGCCAAGAUCUUGUCUUCAACAUGAACAACCGUAGUACCGAGACUCUGAGAGUGUAGAGUUUAGGAGUGUCUCGUGUAAAAGAGUUUGCAUUGAGAGAAUUGAGGUUGUGUUAGGAGCAGAGUGUUCUGUCACUCAUGUUACUGAGGAAGUGGAUGGAGCUGAGGAGGUGUUACUGGUUAGUAGUAGGGAAUUUGUGCGAGAGUAGAACGAUGUCGAUGAUGUGGCAAAGGAAGCUACCGAUCAACUAACGGGCGCACAUGAUGACGCCCAUCGGGAGCCAUGAAAAUGAUGUGUUGGAUCUAUCAAGGCCUGGCUCAACCUCGCAUAGUCCCAGAACUUGUGCGCCUCUCCAAGACGCACUGACUCAAUGUUAUCUUCCUUUCUGAAACUAGACAAAAUAAAGGGUAUGUUGAG